AUGCUGAGCAACAAGAGAGGGAUACAUUCGGCGAGUGGAGGCAUUGACCUGAGAACGCUGAGGGAGUACUGCCUGUUUGAGGAUUUUGAUGUGUGCAUGCCCUUCAAUCCCAUGGGCGUCCCGGGCGGCAAGGGGAACAGGGGCAGCGAUGGAGCGAUCCGGGGAAUGCUACCUCUAGGAGACGCCAUGGGAGAUUUGUUUACUGCUGGAAAGGCUGGUUCAACAAAGAUGGAGGACAAGGAGAGAUUUGAUCCAUAUGAAGACAACUCCGGGACAACUAUCUGCCUAAAGCAGGGCGAUUUUAUUGUUGUUGCAGGAGACACAAGGCACUCGUCGAGCAUGGUUAUCAACUCCCGGGAGAUGUCCAAGAUAUUUCAGGUCGGAGACUUUCUUCUUACCGGAACCGGAUUCUAUGCAGACACCCACGAGGUCUACGUGAAGAUGGUGUAUGAAAUACGGCAGUACGAGGUUGACGAUUCAAUCAACAUUCACAGCGCAGCAAACCUGCUCUCAAAGAUUCUGUACUCGAAGAGGUUUUUCCCAUACUACUCGUUUUGUGUUCUAAGCGGGUUUGAGAAGGGAAAACCCUAUGUCUAUUCAUACGAUCCUAUCGGGUCCUUUGGGUCUGUGACGUGUGUAUGUAGCGGAAGCGGUAGAAGCAUGAUUCAACCCCUGUUGGACUCUUUCAUCGACAAGAAGAACUGGAACAAUGCAGAGGAGACACAGCUGAGCCAGGAGGACUGCAUAAGACUUGUUGUUAAGGCAUUCAAUUCUGCAGCAGAAAGGGACGUGAAGACGAAGGACAAUCUUGAGGUCUGUGUGAUGAGAGAAAACCAAGUGAUGCGUGAGACUUUCCCUCUAAGAAGAGAUUAA